AUGGUUUUGCCCUCCAAGAAGGACCUCAAGAUCUCCCUGGAGGUCUUUGCUAUUUUCCAGUGGGCCCUUAGUGCCUUUGUUAUCGUAAUCACCGUGAUCGCUGUCAACCUCUACCUGGUGGUGUUCACGCCGUACUGGCCCAUUACUGUGCUCAUCCUCACCUGGCUGGCUUUUGACUGGAAGACCCCUGAGAGAGGUGGCCGCCGGUUUACCUGCGUGAGGCAAUGGUGCCUGUGGAAACAGUACUGUGAUUACUUCCCACUCAAGCUUCUGAAGACUCAUGAUCUCUCCCCCAGCCUCAACUACAUCGUCGCCUGCCACCCUCAUGGGAUCAUGUCCCAUUCAUGGUUUGGCCACUUUGCCACAGAGAUGUCAGGCUUCUCCAAGACGUUUCCUGGCAUGACUCCUUAUAUCCUCACACUGGGGGCCUUUUUCUGGGUGCCUUUCCUCAGAGAAUAUGUCAUGUCUGUAGGGGUCUGCUCUGUAAGCCAAUCCUCCAUGGACUUCCUGCUUACCCGUAGAGGCACAGGCAACAUGCUGAUGGUGGUGGUUGGUGGUCUGGCUGAGUGCAAAUAUGGCUUGCCUGGAUCUACCACUUUGUUCCUGAAGAGCCGCACUGGCUUCGUACGCACAGCCCUUCGGCAUGGGGUGGCUCUAAUCCCGGCCUACUCCUUUGGGGAGACAGAACUCUACAAUCAGUACAUUUUCACCCCGGGGGGCUUCAUCAAUCGCUUCCAAAAGUGGCUCCAGAGUAUGGUGCACAUCUACCCUUGUGCUUUCUAUGGGCGUGGCUUCACUGAGAACUCCCUGGGCUUUCUGCCCUAUGCUCGGCCUAUUACCACCAUUGUUGGGAAGCCUCUACCACUGCCCAAGAUUGAGAACCCAAGCCAGAAGACCGUGGCUAAAUACCACGCAAUCUAUGUGGAUGCCCUGCGCCAACUGUUUGACCAGUACAAGACCAAGUUUGGCUUCUCAGAGGCCCAAGAGCUGGUGGUAAUUUGA